UUUUCAAGGAUUAGAAGUAUUUAUACGUUAGAAGAGAAAAAAACGAUGGUUGUCCAAGGAGAUAUUGUUUGUGUUACGGGCGCAUCUGGCUUCAUUGGCUCAUGGCUUAUCAAGAGACUCCUUGAACGUGGCUACCUUGUUCGAGCCACUGUUCGAGACCCUGAUAACUUGAAAAAAGUGCAACAUUUGUUAGAUUUGCCAUGCGCAAAAACUCAAUUGACACUAUGGAAAGGAGACCUUAAUGAAGAAGGUAGCUUUGAUGAAGCUAUUAGUGGCUGUUCUGGAGUUUUUCAUGUUGCCACCCCUAUGGAUUUUGAAUCCAAGGAUCCUGAGAAUGAAAUAAUUAGACCUACUAUAAAUGGUAUGUUAGACAUAAUGAAAUCAUGCGUGAAGGCAAAUAUCCAAAGGCUGAUAUUCACAUCAUCUGCUGGAACUGUCAAUGUUGAAGAAAUUCAAAAACCUAUUUAUGAUGAAAAUUGUUGGAGUGACAUUGAAUUUUGCCGCUCUAAAAAGAUGACUGGUUGGAUGUAUUUUGUAUCAAAAACAUUGGCAGAACAAGCUGCUUGGAAGUUUGCUACUGAAAAUAAUUUUAAUUUCAUCAGUAUUAUUCCACCUCUUGUGGUCGGACCUUUUUUAACUCCAACAUUGCCUCCUAGUCUCAUAACUGCGUUAUCUCCUAUUACUAGAAAUGAAGGUCACUAUUCAAUUAUAAAGCAAGGACAAUUUGUGCACUUGGAUGACCUUUGCAUGGCUCAUAUAUUCUUGUAUGAGCAUCCUGAUGCCAAGGGACGUUAUAUUGCUUCAGCUUGUGACGCUACCAUCUACGAUAUUGCCAAAUUGUUGAGGGACGAAUAUCCAGACUACAAUAUACCUACCAAAUUUAAAGACUUUGAAGAGGUUAUGGAGAUUGUGCAUUUUUCUUCCAAGAAGUUGUUGGACUUAAACUUCAAGUUCAAGUAUGAAUUAAAAGACAUGUACAAAGAAGCUAUUGAGAGUUGUAGGGCUAAAGGGCUUCUUCCUCCUCCCUUAGCAAAUGAAACUUAUGAGAAUUAUACCACUAAGCUUGAAGCAUCUAAUAAUAACUUAAGCAUAGGUCAAGUUUCUUAAUAUGUUAUGCAAUUUAGCAAGAAUGAAAAUGGAAUAUUUAAUUUAGCAAAUUAAGCCCUAAUUAGUAGGAAUUACUACUUAUUAAUAAUCUUUUUGAAGACCUUAUUAUGUUAAUUAAUGUGUUGUUGUGAAGUUAUUAUUUAGUAAUUGCUAAACUUUCUUGCAUUGUAUAAUGUUAAAUGUUUUAUUCAAAUAAUAACAUUAAUUAAGACCAAA